AUGUCUUCCGGAACUAAGGCCACCAACACCAACGAAGGUAUUAACAACCCCAAGAUCGAAAAGGCCGGCAUCGUCACCUCAGACUCUCUUGCCGGAGAAUCGCUCAAUCAGGGCGGAUCGUUUGGCGCCGGCAACCACCCAGCCGCCAUGUCGCAGCCCUCGAGCUCAACGACAACAAACAACACCGACACCUCAGGGGCCACCAUCCUCCAGGCCGCCUCGGACGCCGAAGCGCGCCAGGCAUUGGAGGACUGGAACGAGGAAGCCCAGCUAAACGCCGCCCGAGGAUUGAGCGCCGGCAAUGAUUCUGGCGCACCUGCACCGCCCACGUCUUCGUAUCUCGCAACUUCAGCCCAAGGAUCGUCAGCUAACCCUUCGGGUACCUUUACAGGCCAAGCCCCUCACGGCAAGAACAUUUCCGAGGGCGGAUUUGAUAGCAAUGCACCCAAUGCAUCCUUCAACAACGAGGUUGGCGGCAAGAAUGACCCUGCCCGCCAGGCCGUGAACGAUAUGCAGCGUAACGCUCAGCAGUCUGCUGGCGAUGCUGGUCUGCCCAAGCANAAGGGUGUUUCCAACGAUGGCCAGUUUGAUGUCCUCAAGGACACUUCUGCCUAA